AUGUCAGUCAUUAAAUCAAGUCGUCCAGUGCCUCAAGCCAAUGUUUUGGAUAAACCUAUACCACAAAAUCCAAAAUAUAAAAAUAUUCAAUCAACAAUUGAUACAGGAGACAGUAUUACAAAGUUUCUUAAACGAAGCGAAGAAUUAAAAGGAUCAUCAAAACAACAGCCAAAUGAAAUAUUUAAACGAAUGAAAAUAUCGACUCUUGUUAAAUUGAUAACUCAAGUAGCAGAAAUAAGUUCAUUAGAAAAUGCUGCUCAUGGUUCAAGUUUAUCAAAUAGAACAUUUUCUAGUACAGAUCGACCAGAGACACAGGAUAGUCAGAUGAGUAUGGCUUCAGCACGAUCAACUUUAGACAAUGUUGUUCAUGGUAUGGGUGAAGUAGAUGUUUAUAAAAAGUAUAUAAAACAAAAUUCAACAAUCCCAACAACACCAGCGACACCAAAAACUGCAAAUAGUCAAUUAACUAAUUUCGAUUAUGAAGAACGGCCUUAUCUACUCGUUGAUCUACGAGAUAUUGAUGAAUUUAAUAAAAAUCAUAUUGUUUCAGCUCAUCAUUAUCCAGCUGCUAUGCUUUCACGUUGUUCAAAUAAUGAAUCAAAAGAAUUACUUCUCUAUAAAAAUCAUAAAGGCAAAAUUAUUGUUUUAUAUGAUGAAGAUGAACAUCUUGCACCACGUUCGGCAACAAUUAUGACGGAACGAGGUUACAACAAUAUUUUCGUACUUACUGGAGGUAUAAGAUAUGCUGUACGAAAAUUUCCACGAGGUCUCAUAACUGGUACAUGUCCAUUAUCAUGGACAACAGCAGAUAUACCACCAAAACCAACGAAAAUUCAUGAUUGUUCACAAUCUAUGGAUAUAUCUCAUCAUGAAGUGUCAUUAAAUCAUCUUGCUAUGCAUUCAACAAGAUCAUUACCGGGUUCAAUGGUUACAUUUGACUCUCGUGAACAAUUUACAAGUGAAGAUAUUGAAGCAUUAAAUGAACAACAUGAAGCACAUCUCUUACCAAGAGAUAGUGGUACACGAUUAUCACGCGCACAAACUCAGGCAUCGAAACAAAGUUCACGAAUAUCCAAUAUUUCUGAACGAUCAAAUAUAAGUAAUAUUUCGGAUAAACCAUGGAAACCAUAA